AUCCUAUCAUUGAUACUGUAAGGAACCCGAGCUCGCAUAACCAUGUCUCCCUUGAAUAACAUCAAUGACGGAAAUGACCAAGGAGGUCCCGCCCAAGUCCCUGCGGAAGUGGGCCAGCAACAGCAACGGGUGAAUCAGCCCCCGGUCAUUUGCCCAAAUUGCAAAAAACGACUCUCCGAGAGAAGCGCCCUCACUCGACACAUGAAGGUCCAUGACAGCACCACUAAGAUAUUCAAGUGUAUGGUGUGCCACAAGAACGAUCAGCGACAAAAAUCAAACUGGAGGCAGCAUGUGGCCACUCACAUUGGCCAGGAGAUUCCUCCCGACGUGUUUGCAGCUUUAGAUCACGAGACCAAGGCCAUUCUGACCGGAACGCAUGGUGAAAUGAACCGAAAAAUCUUCGAGGAACGAUUGGCCAAAGCCGAAGCGAAGCGAGCCAAACAGAACAAAAAGGCUCGAAGAUCCAAGCAUGAAUUGUCGUUUGAAGAACUUUGGUAUCCCAUAUGUGAAUUACAAGAAUAAA